AUGGUGUCUUGUCCCAUCUGCGGCAAGUAUGUCCCGUCGCUGAAAAUCAACGACCACAUCGACUCCGACUGCCAGAAAUUCAUCGAGGAGCCAUCAAGCUCGGGAGACUUCUCUUCUUCUCAGAAAGCUCCGGUCCCUAGCUUUUUUCAACCCACUUCUGCCCGCAAAGUUUCCGGUUCGUCCACCGCACACAAAGAUGCCCUCCCGGAUGCCUCGCCGCUCCGCAAUGCCAACGGCAAGAGACUAGCGGCGCAGAAUGGGAAUUCCGUCCCCCACGAUAGUACUGCUAAUGUACAGAAAGAUGGCGCCCCGGAGUCCCUUUCGAAGAAGCCCAAGAUCAAUGCCCUCCAAAAAGCAGCACCGUUGCCCGAGCGUAUGCGACCGAAGACACUGGAUGAAGUAUGCGGCCAGGAGCUGGUCGGACCGCACGGUGUUCUUCGCGGAUUGAUAGAAGAAGACCGGGUACCGAGCAUGAUUCUAUGGGGCGGCCCUGGGACAGGAAAGACUACAAUCGCACGGGUCAUUGCAUCGAUGGUGGGCAGCAGGUUCGUGGAGAUCAACAGCACGAGCUCAGGUGUUGCGGAAUGCAAGAAGAUCUUCUCCGAUGCGCGGAGUGAGCUCAGCCUGACUGGGAGGAAAACAAUCAUUUUCUGUGAUGAAAUCCAUCGGUUCUCCAAGUCACAGCAAGACGUCUUUUUGGGCCCCGUGGAAAGUGGCCAAGUCACACUGAUUGGGGCUACGACGGAGAAUCCCUCGUUCAAAGUGCAAAACGCUUUACUUUCCCGAUGUAGAACCUUUACGCUGUCUAAACUGACGGAUGAGGAUGUGAAAACCAUCUUGACGAGGGCCUUGGACGUCGAAGGACCAACCUAUUCUCCGUCGGAGCUGGUGGACGACGAACUGAUUGAGUACUUGGCCAAAUUCGCCGACGGGGAUGCACGAACCUCGCUGAAUCUGUUAGAGCUCGCUAUGAACUUGUCAAAGCGGCCCGGGAUGACCCAAACGGAAAUCAAACGGUCUUUGACGAGGACCCUCGUGUAUGAUCGCGCUGGAGACCAACAUUAUGACACUAUCUCUGCAUUUCACAAGUCUCUUCGAGGGAGUGAUCCCGAUGCAGCGCUGUACUACCUGGCCCGCAUGAUUCAAUCUGGAGAGGAUCCUCUAUAUAUCGCGCGGCGUUUGAUUGUUGUCGCGUCGGAGGAUAUCGGCCUAGCGGAUAAUAGCAUGCUGUCGCUGGCAAUCUCGACACAUGCUGCGGUGGAAAGGAUUGGACUGCCAGAAGCACGAAUUAACCUUGCGCAUGCCACUGUAGCGAUGGCGCUGUCUCCCAAGAGUACGCGAGCCUACCGCGGCCUCAACAACGCCUUUGCGGCACUGGCAGAACCAGGCGUUGCCGGGCUGCCUAUCCCGAUACAUUUGCGUAAUGCGCCCACUCGAUUGAUGAAGGAGCUGGGAUAUGGAAAGGAGUACAAGUACAAUCCCAACUAUGUGAAUGGCGAGGUGGCCCAGGAGUAUCUCCCGGAGAGUCUUCGAGGUCGACAAUUUCUCGAGGAUCUGGAUUUGGGUGAUCAAAUGGAUCCUGACCUGGUGUCCAACAGAUAG